CUGCCGGUCGGUGCACAAUGGUACAGCCAGCAUCUUGCAGCACAAUGGUUGCAAGGUGUCGGUGAACCGGGGGAGCGUGAAUCAGCAUCACCGAAUCUCCACUUCUUGAUUUUUGCUUUUUUUAAUCAUUGUAUUAAUUUUUCAUACAUAUUUUUUAAGUGGUCUCCAUCUCCCAUUUUCGGGAUCUCGCAGCCAUGAACACCGCAAUGCUUCCCGUCAGGAUGUUUUGAACUGGACUGGCUUCGUCAUCAGCUGGCACGGAAUGGUAUUUAUGAGCAGACAUUUCUUAUACAACUGCAGCCAACCGAUCCUGGAUGUGAAGAUAGCCUUUUGUCAGGUGUGUGUCCCUUACAGGGUUUUGGAAAACAAGUGGAUGUGUCAUAUAUCGCCAAGCAUUACAACAUGAGCAAAAGCAAAGUGGACAACCAGUUCUACAGCGUGGAGGUGGGAGACUCCACGUUCACCGUUUUAAAACGCUACCAGAAUUUAAAGCCCAUUGGUUCCGGAGCUCAGGGGAUAGUCUGUGCAGGUUAUGAUGCUGUGCUUGACAGAAACGUGGCCAUCAAAAAGCUCAGCAGACCUUUCCAGAACCAGACGCAUGCCAAGAGGGCGUACCGCGAGUUGGUGCUUAUGAAAUGUGUCAAUCACAAAAAUAUUAUCAGUUUAUUAAACGUCUUCACGCCGCAGAAAUCAUUAGAGGAGUUUCAAGAUGUGUAUCUAGUCAUGGAGCUGAUGGAUGCCAACCUGUGCCAGGUGAUCCAGAUGGAGCUGGACCACGAGAGAAUGUCCUACCUUCUUUACCAGAUGUUGUGCGGCAUCAAGCAUCUACAUUCGGCAGGCAUUAUUCACAGGGACCUGAAACCAAGCAAUAUAGUGGUGAAGUCUGACUGCACUCUCAAAAUCCUGGACUUUGGACUGGCUCGGACUGCCGGCACUAGCUUCAUGAUGACCCCUUAUGUAGUGACGAGAUACUACAGAGCACCCGAAGUUAUCUUGGGCAUGGGUUACAAAGAGAACGUGGACAUAUGGUCGGUGGGGUGCAUUAUGGGAGAAAUGGUGCGCCACAAAAUCCUUUUCCCAGGGCGGGACUACAUUGACCAAUGGAACAAGGUGAUCGAGCAGCUCGGAACACCGUCGCCGGAGUUCAUGAAGAAGCUACAGCCCACCGUGAGGAACUACGUGGAGAACCGGCCCAAGUAUACCGGCCUCACCUUUCCCAAACUCUUCCCGGACUGCCUCUUCCCAGCUGACUCCGAGCACAACAAACUGAAAGCAAGCCAAGCCAGAGACCUGCUGUCCAAGAUGCUGAUCAUAGACCCGGCCAAGCGGAUAUCAGUGGACGAAGCGUUGCAGCACCCCUACAUCAACGUGUGGUACGAUCCGGCCGAGGUGGAGGCGGCCAGGGAUCUCAUCCAAAUAUCCAUGCCUCCACCUCAAAUCUAUGACAAGCAGCUUGAUGAGAGAGAACAUUCCAUUGAUGAGUGGAAAGAGUUGAUCUAUAAAGAAGUGAUGAAUUUUGAGGAGAGAACGAAGAAUGGCGUAGUGAAGGGACAGCCUUCACCUUCAGGUGCAGCCGUGAACAGCAGCGAGAGCCUCCCUCCGUCCUCGUCCAUCAACGACAUCUCAUCCAUGUCCACCGACCAGACCCUGGCCUCAGACACCGACAGUAGCCUGGAGACCUCGGCGGGACCGCUGGGGUGCUGCAGGUGACUAGCCGCCUGCCUGCGCAACCCCGCCUUCUUCCGCCGCUGAGGAAGAAGAAGAGGAAAGGCAAGGGUUAGGGGGCGCUAUCGGAAAACAAACACAAAAUAGGAAAAAUGUGAAACAAUCAAUCGGAGACGACCAAGCCUGCGUGUUGUCAUGCUAAAUAAAUAAAAAACAGCAGCGGUAUUUAAAGUUAUACUCUUAUGUGGAUGAUCCUCUAGUUGCUUUGCUUAUAUUAGCCCACGUAUAUUGCAGACAAAAAGCAGCUUUGACUUGCAUCUCCUUUAAACGUAAAAUCAUCACACUCUGGCUGGCUGCUGACCCCCCCGGCCCCCCUUCAAAAGGCCCCAAAAAGCAUUUAUAUGCUCCUGUCUUUGUCCUCAUCAUGUGACCUAUCUGCUGUAGUUUAUCCAAAACAACCCUUAAAAUGUUUAUAAACACACCUCAUCAUGUAAAUAAUGUAAUUGUGUACAGUUGAAGGGCAAACGGAGUGGGACUAACGGCCAGUAUGCUGGAAGCUUUUAAUAAAAUGCCAUUUAUUUCUUUUUUAUUUGACUUUAUUUCUCAAAAAACAAAUCUAAUGUCAACCUGAGCCACACAAUUGCAUUUUAUUAACAUGCUUGGCUUUUAAUUUAGUAUAAAUAAAUAAAUAAAUUGAUUCAUUUUUAAAAAUCCAAUAAAGAAAGAAAAUGUUUUUUUUGUGAUUAUCAUAGGUUGACAAAAUAUUAUUCAGUGUAAUAAAACAAAGUCAAAUAAAACUUAAAUUACAUUCAAUUGAAAUAAAAUGACACUUUUUGGAGUGUAUAAUAAUAAUUUUUCUUAAAUUCAUUAUUUUAGACUAUUGAUGCACCUUGCCACCUGAAUUGCUCCUGCCAAUUGCUGCAUUCGUGCAUGAUUUCAAUUCUAAUUUGCAAAAAGUCACCGUAUGCUGAAGCCGACUGUAUGUGUCACAUCCAUUAAGACUAUGACAGAUGUUAUUGGAGGUCUGGUCUGGACAAUUAGGGCUUACAUUGCUGUGCAAAACUGUUUUUGGUGUAAUGUUCCUUUUAUUUUGGCCUGCUGGACAAAGCACAUCCAUUCGCCCCAAAACAGCCAAUCACCACCUUGCAUGUCAUUGAUCCAAUUAAUACAACAUAUGUUGAGAGCAAUGCUUUGAUUCUCAAGUUCCAUGUAGUUUAAAGUUUACUGUGCAAAAAAGUCCAAAAGCUUUAUUGUAUUAAUGACCUUUUUCACUGCAUUUAUUUCACGUAAAACAGGAAAAAAUACAUUUAGGUGAGCAUGUGGAUGAAUCAAUAAUAUCACGACACAGCGAUACGUCACAAUGUUUAUUAAAACAACAUAAGCAUGAUCAUCAAAACAAAGAGCGUUGAUACUGUAUCGUGAAAGAUAACAAUGUGUUAUAUCACUGUACCGACAUUUUGUCCCAACUCUAAUUGAUACAGAACCGCCGCGAUAAUGAGAACUGCAGUGCAAUGUCAAUAUUUUGGUCAUUGAUACUGCUUUUGAUAUUUUGUCCCAGCUCUAAUUAAUACAGACUCCUGGGCGAUAACCAUCUGACACAUUGCGAUACCAAUAUUUUUUUCAUUGAUACUGUAUCCUGAGACCAUCAAUGUCAAUAUUUUUAUCAUUGAUAACAAUGUGAUACAGUACGAUAUCGACAUUCUCUCCCGCCUCUGAUAGCUAGUGUGAGAGAUAAUAAUGCGCUUCAUCAUGCUAUCGAUAUUUUGUUUUGAUACAUUGAGAUGUCAAUAUUGGUCAGUAUUAAUACCAUACCAUAAAAAAAUAACAAUGCUAAUUUAUACUGUUCAGUCAGAGAUACAGUAUCAAUGUGAUACAGUAUCACAGGAUCAACAACGAGAG